UGCGUGUCUCGAGCAAAAAAAGCUGCACGGUUCUUUGCUUUCUCCUGCUUUUUUUCUUUACAACUGAUUCUUGAUUUUUACCACUUGCAUAAUGACUGUACGCGAACUCAAGAUCAAAACCAACGUCGUUAAACGACUCUUCAAAGAACAGAUCGCUUACGGCAAAGAAGCCCAAGAUCAGCAGAAGCGUAUCGAUAAGCUCAUUGCCAACGGGGCCGAUGAAGCGGAUGUUCGAAAGCAGAAAGAAGUGCUGGAGGAGACUUUAUGCAUGAUUCCUGACGUGAAGAAGCGACUGGCUAAAGCUUAUGAAGAUUUGCAAGACAAGGUUCAGGAUCCUGCUUAUGCUGACACCGAGGAAUUGAAAGAGGCCCAAACCGUUCUUGCUGAUAUCGAAAUUUAAACGUGCUAAAACUAUGAUAUACCCUUUUUUUCUGUGCGCUUGUUUUUUUGAAAGGUUCAAAAAUUGCCAAACUAUAAAUGACUGACGUGUUACAACAACGUACCAAAAAAUGAUGUUAUACCGACAGUUGACGCCAUGUUAUUGCGAGGUCUUGUGAACUCCACAAAACAGUAGUCAUGGGGAAAAGAACAGAUGAAGAUCCAUGGCAUGCGUGUUGCAGAAACUCGUAUGAAUUUGAUCCAAUGAUUAUGUUUUUUUCAAAAAGCAUCUAAAAAUGCCGGCUGGAGGCUUCGAAAAACAUGUAAAAAUGGCGGACCGACGUUUUGUG